AUGAUGGAGUACCCAAUAAGAAACUUAUCUAAUUUACCAAAUUACCCUCGUACCAACACUGAAAAUUUGUUGCUCAUCGGCUUAGCCUGUGCUACUGCUUUGUUUGGGAAAAAGGAUCGGCAAACAAAUCCUUUCAAUUCUAGGGUUUUUUCUUUCGACAUUCUUUCCCAAAUCAUCUGCUCUCAGAUCGGGUCGAAUAUCAUCAGGAACAGCUUCUAUCAGAUUUUGACGAGAAUGACUCAAGACGUUGAGAUGAAGGAGCAGCAGAUCGCCCCCUCAAAUUCUAUUUCAGCCACUUCGCCGUCUACUCUUCAGCUUUUGAAGGACAUUGCUGGGUUGAUUGAGGUGGGGGCUUACACUCGAGAGGUCCGCAGGAUUGUGAGGGCUAUUCGGUGGACAAUUCAGCUGAGAAAGAAGCUGAAGGCUUCUUCUAUCUCUGCUUUUCUCAAUUUUUCCCUUGUGCCCGGAUCUGAGGCGCAUUCGCGCUUGUCCUCAUAUGUUCCUCAGGAAGGUGAGCAAGAUAUGGAAGUCGAUAGCGUGACUUCUGGUACACAAGCCCCUGCAAAGCACUCCUUGCCUGAAAUCGAGAUCUACUGCUAUUUGCUUGUUCUGAUCUAUUUGAUUGAUCAGAAAAGAUACAAUGAGGCUAAGGCUUGCUCUUCGGCCGGCAUCGCUCGUUUGAGGAAUGUCAAUAGAAGAACAGUUGAUGUCCUAGCAGCCAGGCUCUACUUCUACUUCUCCUUAAGCUACGAACUCACUGGCAAUCUUGCUGAAAUACGAGGUGAUCUUCUUGCUUUGCACCGGACUGCAACCUUGCGCCAUGAUGAGUUGGGGCAGGAAACUCUCUUGAAUCUUUUGUUGAGGAACUACCUCCACUAUAACUUAUAUGAUCAAGCGGAAAAAUUGAGAGCAAAGGCUCCCCGGUUUGAGGCUCAUUCAAACCAGCAGGCAAGGCUUAAAGCCUACUCCCUUUACUUUCAUUUCUGUAGGUACCUGUUUUACCUUGGAAAGAUUAGGACAAUUCAGUUAGAGUACACUGAUGCCAAGGAAUCUCUCCUCCAAGCUGCCAGAAAAGCACCUAUAUCUGCUCUCGGUUUUCGAGUUCAGUGCAACAAGUGGGCUGUGAUUGUCCGCUUACUGCUUGGUGAAAUUCCAGAAAGAACAGUUUUCAUGCAGAAAGGGAUGGAGAAAGCCCUGCGGCCCUACUUUGAGCUUACAAAUGCUGUCCGUAUCGGUGACCUGGAGCUCUUCAAAUCGGUGGCCGACAAAUUCGCCGCGACAUUUGGAUCCGAUGGAACCAAGAACCUGAUCGUUCGGCUUCGCCACAACGUCAUCCGCACGGGCCUCCGCAACAUCAGCAUCUCCUACUCGCGAAUCUCCUUGUCUGACGUGGCACUCAAGCUGAGGCUCGACUCUCCGAACCCCAUAGCCGACGCCGAAAGCAUCGUCUCCAAGGCCAUUCGAGACGGCGCUAUCGAGGCCUCACUCGAUCGGGCUAACGGUUGGAUGGUUUCCAAGGAGACAGGCGAUAUUUACUCCACAAACGAGCCUCAGGCCGCAUUCAACUCGAGGAUUGCCUUUUGUCUCAACAUGCACAAUGAGGCCGUUCGGGCCUUGAGGUUCCCGCCAAAUUCGCACAAGGAGAAGGAGAGUGCAGAGAAGAGAAGGGAGAGGCUGCAGCAAGAGCAAGAGCUCGCUAAGGUUAUAGCCGAGGAAGAUGACGACGAGUUCUGA